AGCGAAUUUAGAUUAAGCUUUAAUGUGGGUUUUUGUGCGGUUUUAUAUAGUUGGUUUUUCAUACGAACACUAACGAUUGGUCCAGAAAUAAAGCAAAGACCUAAUUAAGUACCAACAGCAUAAAGGUGAAAACUUUAACUAUAUAGCUAAUCGAAAGUUGCGUACAUAUCGCCUUGGAUUUAAUUCGAAAUAGUUGGUGUUUUAAUUGAAUUGAACCGCUUGAACGCGGUCUUUGGCGCCAUGAACAGACGCGGAUAUGGAACAGUAAUAGCUCCUAUGCUGAGCCUCCUCCUCCUCUGGCAGCUCUGCAACUGUCAAGCUGAGCUCAACGACUCGACGUUGCGACUUCAUCAAUAUAGACAUAACAUACUUAAUGGCACAAGUGUCUGGUCCCUGCCGCUGCCUUUGCCUGUGCCUCUCCAGACAGACAAGGACUCAUUAAAGGAUGUCACUGAAGCUGGCAGACAUGGAGCACAUCUGACACACAGCUCCGUCAUCUAUGGCCUGACAGAAGUGGCCAACACGAGCAACGUGAAUGCGGUUUGUCAUGCUCAGUUGAAGCACCUGCAACGGGGAAUCCUCAACAAACAACCUUGGGCAAUGAAAGCUCUUGAUGCAUCUGGCAGCAAAUCGUCGGGCUUUAUCUUUGGUCAAAACUAUUGGCUGGGUAGUCGGGAGGCUUGUCAAAGUGUCCAGCGUCCGGUGGGCAUAACGUUGUCCAAGAACUAUGAGCGUGUGAUGCACUAUGGCCUGAUUACUCAGCCGGCGCCCUUUGACAUGGACUAUCGUGUUGUCUAUCUGCGACACAGCUCACCGUGGCAGGUUGAGAUAAAGCUCAUGUCGGAGCAAGUCCUACACAUUGGCUUAUGCUUGCCCAGCUCUUGCCAGUCCAGGGAGAUCGAGGGAUUGACCAGUGAUUAUGUGACUGGCAGCUUUGCUGACAACGACAUCUUUGAGCUGCAGCCUGAAGUGCUUUACAUGAAGGAUCUCAAACUAAGAGAUGCUUUCUAUGAUCGUCUGAGCUUCAAGCUAGUUGUCGCCUCCGUGUUGGCCACCUGUGCCUUUAUGAUGUGUGCCCAGCAGCUGAGUGUUGGCAAGCAGUUGCCUCCAGAGGGUCAAGAGGAUGACGCUGGACUGGCGCCUGUUGAAUCGGAACUGUGGCGAGUACUGUACUCCCUGCUUAAGUGGCAUCCCCUCCAGAACUUUGUCAGCUGCUACGAUGUGAGUAGCAAUUGGCGAAAGAUGUUUGCCAUGCGGGAGAGCAACUCACGCGAUAUACCUUUGAUCAAUGGACUGCGAUCGGGAUGUGCCAUCUUCAUAUUAAUUUUCCAUGUCUUCUGGUAUAUGUACUUUACGGUGCACAACAAAACAGUGCUUAUAUCCUAUGCGGAGCAGAUCUUCUUUCAGUAUGUUUCAUCCGCUCCAUUGCUGGUGGACGUCUUCUUUACCAUCAGUGGCUUUCUUCAGACCUACAACUUUAUGCGCAAUACUAAGCAAAUGGAUGCAGUGCGUCAAAAUGGUCUUUUGGCCAAUGCCAAGCUGUAUGGCAAGCUGCUAUUCCAUCGCUACUUAAGACUGGGUCCACUUUAUCUAAUUGUAAUGGGCAGCGUGGAUUUGGUAUUCGCUUACAUUGGAGACACUUCGGUUUACCACAUCAACGAGCGCUUCGAUGAACUCUGCACCCAGCAUUGGUGGCGCAACCUGCUCUUCAUACAGAAUCUCUUUGACCAUCGGGAAAUGUGCCUCAACUGGAGCUGGAGCUUGGCCUGUGAUAUGCAGUUCUUUGUGCUGGCCAACGCGAUGCUGUUUCUCUAUGCCAAACGUCCCAAAUUCGCACAGUUGGCAACUGUUGGUGGAUUAUUGGCCACUAUUAUUUGGUCUUAUGGCAUCGGCAUCCACCACAAUUAUGAGUUCUCCUUUGACUCAAUGUACGCCACGGGCUCGCUGAUCUACAUAAGUUCCUUUGUCCGGGUCUUGCCCUAUAUAGUUGGCUCUAUGGCCGCCUGGUGUCUUGUGGAGCGUCGUCUGCAAUACGAAUUGAGUGAUCUGCAGGAACGUGGUCUUUGGCAUUUUUGUCUGCUCGCCUUCAUCGUCUGUAUCUAUUCGACUGUCAAGCGUGAUUUGGGUUAUCUGAUAACAAUCUCUUUGUUUGUCCUUGGAAGAGUGAUAUUUUCGCUAUGCGUUUGUUGGAUGAUUGCGGGAAGCGCCAGAGGUCGUGGUGUCUGGUGGUCACGCCUCUUGGAGGCUCCCAUAUUUCAGCACAUCAAUCGGCUAUCUUAUGCCAUUUAUCUGCUUAAUCCUUUGGUAAUUUCAUUUGUCUAUAGCCUCACAACUUCAAGUACUCAUGUGGAUCCUUUAAUGCUGGGUGUUGUCACUUGUGGCUUUGCUAUGAUUGUCUACCUGUUGUCCAUUGUGUACUCAAUGGCAUUUGAGGUGCCUUACAGCAAUUUGUCCAGUUUGUUAUUGAGGCGCAAUUGUAAACCAAAAACUACGUAACUUGUGAUCAAGUGUUCUGUGAACAUUGCUUUAUAACAAGCCUAGUGCAUUUAGUUUAUUGUUAAAUAUGUGUAUACUCUCCAAAGCCGGUCUAAUUAAUAGCAAUUAGUUGUAUUAACUUUAACCAAAUAAAAGUCUUGACGAUUUUAAAUUCA